CCGCCCCCCUCUCUUCAGCUCCUCUACUCCAUUCCUGAGACACAACCAAGGAGGAACACAGCUUCACUUUGUACAGCAAACUAUUUGAGAACCUCUCUAGAUUUUUCCCUUUCAUUAUUCAUAUCAGUGUUUUAUACGAGAAAGAUUUGCAUGAAACAUUUGCUUUUUUUGUGCUUAAGUAGCAACUGCAAAGUUUUCAGAAAAGUUGAGUCUACUGGGCGGAGAUUAGUGUAACCUCACAGAGGCUGAAACACGGUACAAUGGAUGUCCUGGUGUUGGUGGCAUUCUGCUCCUGGCUGGCUCCUGCAGUCGGAUCAGCGUUUGGUAGGGAAGUGGUGGCUUCUGCAGCAGACGAUGAAAAAGACUAUGACAGCGCUUUUCAGUACGAUUAUGAAUCCCUGAGGAUCGGAGGCCUGGUUUUUGCAGUGGUGCUGUUCUUGAUGGGUAUCGCCCUCAUUGUUAGUAGAAAAUGUACCUGCUCCAAGAGUGAUAAGCCAAGGUCUAAAGGUCCUGAUGUGGAAUCAGGAGUUCCAAGGGCCUAGAGUAGCCAGAAUCAACAACCAGUGGAGAUCUAUGUUACAGACCGUUGCCACCAGGGGGCAGCAAACACCUUGAUCACAGCCGAGGACAAUCUUUCCACCAACACAUGAAGCUUCCUUCUAUUUCAUGAUGUUACUUUUAUGUUUUUUAAUAUUUUUAUCAUCUUUUACUAGAUUAUGUGCCAACUUUCUACGGCAGCAGAAGUGUGAUUUUCAUUUGUAUUUUUUGUGAUUUUCUGUUUGAUGCCAAAUAAUAAACCAAAUGUA